GCAAAACUCUCCCUCCUUCUCAAGCUAAAGGUCCCUCCAGGUUUAUCCAUUUAUCUCCAAAUUCUUGAACUCCCUUAGGCAAAUGGAAACUCUCUCAGUUCCAAGCUUUCUUCAACUCCCAUGUUCUCCCAAAAAUCCAAGAUAUGUAGAUAAAGAGCCACCCAAGAACGCUGUGGCUGCUAAGAAUUUGCAUGAAAGAUUUCCCAAAAGAUUACCAAGGAGGCUGCUUUUGCAGUUUAUGGGGUUCUGCCCAAUCCUAUCACAUCCUGUUUUGGCUGCACCAAUGCCGGAGAUGAAGGAACCUGAAGUGAUUCGGACCUUAAAGCUUCCCAGUGGUGUGAGGAUCCAAGUAAUCCGGGGUUUCCGUUUCCUAGAGAUUGUUGAAGGGCAAGGACCAGCAGCCACCAAAGGAGAUUUGGUUGAAAUUAACUAUGUAUGCCGUCGCACAAAUGGCUAUUUUGUUCAUAGCACUGUUGAUCAAUUCAAUGGAGAAAGCACACCUGUGAUACUUCCUUUGGACGAAAAUCAGAUUAUAAAAGGCUUGGAGGAGGUUCUGGUUGGCAUGAGAAUCGGAGGAAAGAGGAGAGCAUUGAUAACUCCUUCUGUGGGAUACACAAAUGAAAGCUUACAACCAAUUCCUGAAGAGUUUGGCACUCGACGCAGCCUCUUAUCUCAUGUAAAUGAGCCUUUGAUAUUCGAGCUUCAAGAGCUGCAAUAUAUAAUUCCAUGCCUAGUGGAUUAGCACCAAUAGUCAAAGUUCUAACCAGUGGAAAACUUGAAAUGGAUUCCUGCUUUGAAUUUAGACAAUCGGUUCAUGACAGGGAGCUUCUGCCAUUGUGAUGUGUUGUUCUGAGGUUUGCUUCCAGUACCUGUUUAUGCCUGUCAAUUAACAGGGAAAAAAAAACCAUUUAAAUUAACAACCGGCCAUGGAUGGAUACCAGUCUGAACAAUUGUUGUUAGUAUUAUGAAUUACAGCAAAGGAGGUGCUAAAGCACUGGUGUUGGCCAACCUUGACAAAAGGGUGUAACAUCUGCAGAAUCCAAAACAUGCAUGAGUUGAUAUUUCUGUACAUCUUUGUCUGAUCUAGCAUGUCAGUCAACAUGCAAAGUUGAAGUUCUAUUUUCCUUUUGCAUUCUAGAGUCUUAUUUUGUGGAGAAGUUGUGCGACUUGGCAAAGCUUUGGUCACUAUGAGAAUCAUUGAUUUCUGUUUAUCUUUUUACUGUCUAACAUUUUGUGGUCUUUUGUGGGUGAUAAAACUACAACCUAUAGAGCUGCAUGUCAUUGAUGGGGUUCCACAGCUAAUUUUUGUCAGUUCAAGCUACAUCAUUGAGACGGUGGAAGCUGAAUUCAUCUCAGUUGAUCAUGUUCCUCAUCUUAAACCAUCUGAUGGAGGUUCAGCAGCAACUCAAUGAAUGCACAGUGCCAUCAAGAUGCUCAAUAGCAGAGUUAAGAGUGCUUCAUCACUAUCUUCUAGCUAUGCUGAAAGGAGAAAUACCUUGUGAGAAUUCGCUGCUAAGACAAGUAUCAAGUCUUCUCAGAAGGUUGCCUGCUGUUGAAUCAGGGAAAUUUCAAGAUGACUUUUUGAUGGAAUACAAUGACACAUUGCUGAUUACAUAUCUAGCUGUGCUUACCAACUGCUCGAGUACAAUGAAAUAGCUGGUCGACAAGUUCAACACCGCUUAUGACAGGCAUAGCCGAAGAGGUGGAGGAGGACGUACUGCUUUCUUCUGAAAACCCCCUGCCAUGCUUGCCAUAUCUGACAGAUCGGACAGUCUGGUGUCCUUGAUAUCUUUUUUGGAUGUUGCUGUAAUGCUGUUUUAGAUUCUGAGUGAACAGCUAUAUUGCUGAGACCCAAAAAGUUCCAAAUUUCUUUUAAAUUGCGUAGGUUUAUCA